AUGCCCAAUCCUUCUCCUUCAAUUUCCACCAGCACCAUCGAACCAACCACCACACCCAAAGACGCUCCAGCAGAAACCCUUCAAGAAUCACCCGCAUUAGAAGGACUAUCACUCGAAGUCCGCGAUGUAAUGCGUCAUAUUCCACACUCUGCUGUAGUCCUCACUACACCGAAUCUACGUCCUGAAGCCGGAGAACCAGUAGGAACAGCAGGCAUGACAUUAUCUUCCUUUGCUACCCUUACACUCUCACCAGAACCAAUUAUUACUUUCAACAUCAAACGACCAUCCCGAACACUCGAUGCUUUAAAAGCAUUACAACAUCCCGAUACAAUUGCAUCCGUACCCAAAGAAAUGCAUAGACGCUUUCACAUUCACAUUUUACAGGCCAACUCUUUGGGCGCCGGAAUCGCCGAUCGUUUCUCCCGCGGCGGUCCCAUCUCCUCUGAAGAUCUUACUAUGAUAUCGAAAAGGGGAGGUACUCUUAAUAGGCCCGAAAAACACCCUCACCCAUUCUCCAAAGGGAUCAGAAGGUCAUUCGAAUGUCAGAUUUUGCAAGAUGGGAAGGGGGGUUUCAUAGAUGUGGGUGAUCAUACGUUGGUAUUUGGUAAGGUGAUCAAGAUUGCUUCGAAAUAUAAGCCAUUGCAGCUGAAGAAGGAAAAGUCUUGGAAUGGUUUAUGUUAUCUGGGGGGACGAUAUCAUACAUCAACUGUUAUGUCCUCGAAAAAGGAGGGUCUAUCUUUACAAAAAGAUGGACUUGGAGAUGAAGUUCCGACGUUAGAGGUAGUAGAAGGAAAUGGAGAGCUUACAAAGGAUUCGAUGUUGGAGGGUAAAGAAAAUGAAGUACUUGAGGAGGAUUCAAUGUUGGAGGUAAAAGAAAAUGAAGAAGUUGAGGAGGAUUCAAUGUUGGAGGUAAAAGAAAAUGAAGAAGUUGAGGAGGGCUCGAUGUUGGAGGUAAAAGAAAACGGAGAGCUUGAGGUGGAUUCGAUAUCCGAGGGUGAAGAAAAUGAAAAGCUUGAGGAAGAUUCGAUGUUGGAGGUAAAAGAAAAGAACGCAGAUGUAUGA